AUGAAGACCGCCAGCCGCGCCCAGCCCCGCAGCAGUCCUCCGCUGGUCCAGAUGAGGCACUACACACCUGGGGUGUAUCCUUUCCUUUUCCCAUCGGUCAUCAGCUCCCUGCCACAGCUGCCGCCACCAUCACCGCAGAGGCUCCAGAUCCAGCAGCCAUCUAGCAGCGGCAGCACACCGUCACCUGUGGCCAUUGAAACGCAGAGCACCAGCUCCGAGGAGCUCGUCCCCAGCCCGCCGUCCCCGCCGCCCCCUCCCAGAGUCUACAAGCCCUGCUUCGUCUGCCAGGACAAGUCCUCUGGAUACCACUAUGGUGUCAGUGCUUGUGAGGGCUGCAAGGGUUUUUUCCGCCGAAGCAUCCAGAAGAACAUGGUGUACACGUGUCACCGGGACAAGAACUGCAUUAUCAACAAGGUGACGAGAAACCGCUGUCAGUACUGCCGGCUGCAGAGGUGCUUCUCGGUGGGAAUGUCCAAAGAGUCUGUUCGAAAUGACCGGAAUAAAAAGAAGAAGGAGAGCCCAAAGCCGGAGCUGGCAGAGAGCUACGAGAUGACAGCCGAGCUGGAGACCAUCAUAGAAAAGAUUCGUAAGGCCCAUCAAGAAACCUUCCCCUCCCUCUGCCAGCUUGGCAAAUACACCACGAACUCGAGUGCAGAUCACCGUGUGAGGCUGGACCUGGGCCUGUGGGACAAGUUCAGCGAGCUGGCCACUAAGUGCAUUAUCAAGAUCGUGGAAUUUGCCAAACGAGUGCCUGGCUUCACUGCGCUGACCAUCGCGGACCAGAUCACGCUCCUGAAAGCUGCCUGCCUGGACAUUCUGAUCCUGCGCAUCUGUACAAGGUACACCCCGGAAAAGGACACCAUGACCUUUUCAGACGGGCUGACCCUCAACCGAACGCAGAUGCACAAUGCUGGCUUCGGCCCGCUCACUGACUUGGUGUUCACCUUUGCCAACCAGCUGCUGCCCAUCGAGAUGGACGACACAGAGACAGGCCUCCUCAGCGCCAUCUGUCUCAUCUCCGGAGACCGUCAGGACCUGGAGGAACCCUCCAAGGUGGACCAGCUCCAAGAGCCGCUGCUGGAAGCUCUGAAGAUCUACGUGAGGAAACGUCGGCCCAGCAAACCGCACAUGUUCCCCAAAACACUGAUGAAGAUCACAGACCUGCGCAGCAUUAGCGCUAAAGGAGCAGAGCGCGUCAUCUCUUUAAAGAUGGAGAUCCCCGGUUCCAUGCCACCUCUCAUCCAGGAGAUGCUGGAGAACUCAGAGGGCCAAGAUGGCCAGAGCAGCAGCAGCAGCAGCAGCAGCAGCAGCAGCAGCAGCAAGAGCAGCAGCAAGAGCAGCAGCAGCAGCACUUCGGCCGAGGCGGGGUCCAGCAGCCCCAGCAGUAAGGACAGCCCCGAGGAAGACACCGCCGCUCUGGAGUCGCCGGAGUCCCCGGACAACAAGAGGGCUACGGCCACGCCGCCCAGCGACGAGCCCUAG